AACGUGUUCCGCUCCGAUCGUCAAUAAACCCGCACAAAGAACACAUCGCUAUGCUCUUAAGGCGGCUAUACCUGCCCGCUGUCAUUGCAGCGCUGAUCACGCAGACCUUCGCGCAGAGCGUGCUCGACGCAGUAGAUGGCGAACAGAAGGAUAGCUCCGCGUCGACCUCGGAGACGAAAAGCGUCUCCUCGAAAGGCAUGAUCAUUCUAUGCACGAUCGUGGCUUUAGUUAUCGCUGUCGGAAUCUCGUUCACAACCAUCUUCAUCGUGUUCAAGAAACGGCGCUGGCAGAUGCGCGAAGCGCUCUACUCGACCGAGCGCGUCAUCCCGGACAUCGAGCGGGCUUCGAUCGUUAAAACGCCAUCAAGCCAGUUGGACCGGGUGGGCACCCGUGCAGACGCUGAAACCCGGCCUGGGUCGCAAGCACACCAUGAGGCCGCGGGCCAGGUCGAGAAGCCGGACGCAUCUGAAACGGCCGCGACACACCGAGGAUGGGGCUCGUUUUUCUCGUUCGGGCGGACGCAGAGCCGGCAGUAAUCGACUCUGCACGUAUUUUCAUGAGUGAGCUGAACGAAUCUUCUGCAUUUGGGUGUUUAUUUUCCGCGUUGUAAGUGGGCGUUUAUGGGGAUUGUCGGUUUUCCGAGGAAAAAGCGUCACCUCCCGAGCACUUUCUAUUUAGCGUUCUAUUUACAACUAUUCGCGAAGGGCUGAUUUCACCUUUAAUCAAACGCGCCAGGUGCGUGGUCCAGCU